GCAAGAUAAACAUCAACAGCACUUUGCGAAGCCAGGAAACUCGAAAAUUAGUAUUGCUAAGAUCAAGGUCAUGCCGUAUUGACCUCGUGGUCGGUCUUUCCCUUGUGUGGUUUUUUUUCUUUCUUUUUCUUACCGCGUGCAAACGAACAAGUUGCCGAAUUUGAACCAGAUUGCAAUCAGCAAAAAAAAAAAAAAAUGUCACUGCAGUUUACCAUAGAGUUCCUGUUCUGCACGGGGUUUUCUCCAUUUGAACAUCGCAUCACAUCCACCAACCAGCACCGAAUCCAAGUCAUUCGCGAUCACCCCAUAGUACCACACGUCUUGAGUUGCCUUUCAUUUACAUCAUUUUACCAUUUCUAAGACGCAGCAACUUGUUCAAGAUGGCUCCGCCGAUGAUUGACCCCGCGCUCUUCGACCAGCUCAAAGACAACAUCGAGAAGGACAGCAGUAUUCGCAAAGAUCUUGAGCAGAUAAUCGAGGAGCUCAAUCAAAAUGUCUCUUAUACUCAGGGAGUGUUGACCAAGAUCCAUUCCACUCCUCGUUCGAAAUAUCCCGCACUUCUUUCUCAGGUUGAAAGUGGUAUCAAGAAGGAGCUGGAGACAACAACUCGGCUAGCCCAGUUUGCCUCACAGUACCCUUACUACAAGUACAACUACAAGUGGGGCCGCACACUUCAGGAUGCCAUCGCUACGGUGCUCCUUCAUGCUUGGUUGGGCGGUAUGGGCAGCGACAGCAAGCCUGGUGAAGUCGGUCGUCUCCUGACUUUGGAGGAAGUUGGUCACGUAUUCGAAGUUCCGGUCAACCUUAAGGACCGUGACGCCUUCCACAUCACCAUCGAGGAGUAUCUCUUGGCUCUCAUCUCGGUCGUUGAAGACCUCAGCCGCCUCGCCAUGAACUCUGUGACACUAGGCGACACAGAGCUGGCUGUGCAGAUCAGUGGAUUCAUCAAGGAUCUACACGGAGGGUUCCAGAUGCUCAAUCUGAAGAACGAUAUCCUGCGGAAGAGGGUGGACUCGGUCAAGUACGCUGUGAAGAAGGUCGAGGAUGUGGUGUAUGACUUGUCUUUGAGAAACCUCAUCCCAGCUAAGGAUGCUCAGUAGAUGGUGAUGAAUCGUGUGUGUGGUCAGAGACUUGCAUGUUAGGGAUGUUUUGGAGGCCCUGAGGUCAUAGUUGAUGAGAGCUGUGUCGUUCUUAUACGAACCGGCACGUAUGGGUGUAGGCAUCUGCGAAGCGUUCGGCUAUACAUAGAGGCAGUGUUCAUCCAACAACUGGAAUGUGCUGAACAGGGUUGGCUCUGACCAGCCUACCGAAAGAAAAAAAAAAAAAAAAGAGGGGAAAAGGGGGAGGGAUAAAAAGAACCAUCGACAGUAUGUGUAUAUUUCAUUCCCGACUGGGGCCUGAAAUAUUCAAGAUUAUUCUUCAAACGUCGCCA